GGGCGGGGCCUAUUUUUAUCCAGACGAUAGAGAGAGCCCGUUCACAGAGAAGGGGGGAUGGCCUGUGGUGUAGGAUCCGAUGAUCGCAUUUUGUUGGUGAUAUCAAUUUGUUGAAUUUCAAGUCAAUUACUGGCAUUAUGUCUGGAAUUUUCGCUUAAUUUCUCUUGUAAAAUUUCAUAAUUUGUUAAACUUUUCAGGGAAAAGGCUGCUAAUCCUAGAGCGCCGGAAUGGUCUGAUUUUUGUGUUUACACUUUUUGAUUAGAAGUUUUUGGAUCCAUUCAAGUUUGAGGAAAACAUGACCAUGGGGGAUGAUUCACCUGUAUCUUCCCUGGUGCUGCCAGUUUUGAUAAGACCAGUUCUUUCUCAGCUGGACAAGGAGGAUGUGGCGGCCAGCCAGACGCUGCGCGCCGCCCUCACCAAGGUGGAGGCUGCCAACCCGGGCUUCACGUACGACCUCGUCAUGGGUCUGGUGCGCAAGGCAGACGUCAGUGUCAACAUGCACGAGAGUCUGCUCCGCCUGCAGGGAUCGGCCGGCGACAACGACGCCGAGUACCGGCUCAGUCGCACGGAGGAGCCCUUCCAGGAGCUCAACAAAAAGUCUGCCAGUCUGAAACGCAUCCUCAGUCGGAUCCCGGACGAAAUCACCGACCGCAAAACAUUCCUCGAGACCAUCAAGGAGAUCGCCAGUGCCAUCAAGAAGCUGCUGGAUGCCGUGCAGGGUGUGUCGGCCUACAUCCCCGGCUCGCACGGAAAACAGGCGCUCGACCACCGGCGCCGAGACUUCGUCAAGUACUCCAAAAAGUUCAGCAACACGCUCAAGGAGUACUUCAAGGAGGGACAGGCCAGCGCGGUGUUCGUCUCGGCCACGUACCUGAUCUACUACACCAACAUGAUCAUGAGCACCGUGAAGAGCAAGUGCGAGUAACUCCGUCGGUGGGCCGCCAGGGGCGCGCCAGUCGCCCGCGCGUCUUCCCGGGCCGCCUGGCCCCGUUGUUGAUCCGUUGCGCCCGGGCCGGCCGCGAUAGGGUGGCCGUUGUUUCUGUGUCCGUGUUUGUGUCCGUGUGUCUGUGUUGUUCCGCCGUCCAUCUAAUGCCGGCGGAUCCGCCGCCCGCCAGUCGCGAUAUCGCCAACUGCGCGCGCCGCCCGCCCGCGGCCGACGCCCCACAUAUGAGAUACUUAAAUCAUUUAUUUUUACCACGCGCCGGUGUGGCCAACGUAAAGUCACGAGUAGCCUAGGGAUCAAGUGUAUUAGCUGUAAGACCAAUGUAUAUACAUAAAACGGCUAGCGCGUAAUACACGCGCAUCUGCCCGCC